UGCUAAUAAUGCACCCUGAGCUGCUACAGAAAGGAACCUUACCUCGCAGCUAGUCAUCUCUCUGCGUGCUAGUAUAUAGGGUUUUUCCUUUCAUCAACAUAUAUUGGAUCCAUGAACACCACAAAGGGUUCAAAUAGUACUUCUCUUGCAGCACUAGAUAUGCUUGAAUCAACAUCUUCUGCUUUUGAUCAGUUGCAAAACUGAUUUAGGGUCUCCAAAGAAAUUGGCUUUGUUGGAUCUUGGAAACAAGCUUUGUCUUCUGUUGAAUCAUUUGUGGUGGUUUUGUUUGAUCGCAGUUAUCUUGGAAGGGAUUCUUAAGGCUGUUAUUAAGCUUCAUCAUCGCUAAUGGAAAAAAGUUGUAUUUAGAAGAAUUAAUUACUUCAAUAAAAAUGGAUGAGACAAUUUGCGUAUCUGAAGAAGAUCAUAAGAGUGGAAGUAGCAAACCCUCUUCUCCAAGUCUUAGAAGAAAACGUUCAUUUUUCGAUUUGAAUGAAGAAGCUGUGGAUGGUGGUGGAGAUGAUAGCACCAGUGAUGAUGACCCCAUCAAUAGCAAUGACAUUUCAUCACAAGAAGGUAAUUUGAGUAGCAAUAAUAACUCUAGUGAAGAAGGGAAGGAGCGUGCAUCUACGGUUAGGCAAUAUGUUCGGUCCAAAAUGCCAAGGCUCCGUUGGACUCCUGAUCUCCAUUUAGCUUUUGUGCAUGCUGUUGAGAGGCUUGGUGGACAAGAAAGAGCAACGCCCAAGUUGGUUCUCCAGUUAAUGAAUGUGAGAGGACUCAGCAUUGCACAUGUAAAGAGCCAUUUGCAGAUGUAUCGAAGUAAAAAGCUUGAUGAGUCUGGCCAAGUUUUAUCUCACAAUAGGUCAAUGCAAGGAAGGCAUAGUAUUUUUUAUAUGUACGGAAGACUUAAUGCCCCACGACACUUUGGGAAUGAUAAUAGAAAUUAUUUGCCAUCAUCUGUGUUUAUGGAACAAACACCCUAUGAAAUCAGUGCUCAUGGCUCUUCAAGAUUACACCCGACAGCACUCUUCAAUAGUAAAAUGAUGAUAAGAUCAAGUUCAGGGUGGGACAAAGAUUUAUAUAAUUCUCAGUCGUAUCAACGUAGUUUCUGCAGUCCUAACCUCACUGGGCACGCGAAGUUUGAUGCUGAGGUUCAUGAUGUGAAAAAUCGAAUGCCAGAAUUCAUAAAUCAGGUUCAAGUAUGGAAACAAGGUGACAUCAAAGAUCAAUUAGAGAGGUUGAAUGAGAUGAAAGCAUCCCCGAGUUUCUUGGAACUAAAACUAAGUCAAGAUUCAAGAAAUGCUAGAGAUUACCAGAUGAACAAAGACACAGAAAGUGAACAAAAAAUUAAUACGAAACUCUCUUUGUCAUUGUUCACUUCGUCCUCAUCAUCCUCAAAUUCAUCACAACAAGCACAAUGUUGUGAAAAGAAUAAAGACAAUACCCAUGUUGAGAGUUUUUGUUUUCAAAAUUAUGCACCAAGAAAUCGUUUGGGCUGAGUACUUAUUAGGAUCUAAUAACCAUGCCAAAUAGAGCAUAGGAGUGAGAUCUUUUAAGUACUUGUCUUAACAAAUCACAUAUAUGAUGGACCUUUCCAAACAAAAUAAGUAAUUCUAGUUAUUUGACUUUAA